AUGGGAGGGAAGGCAGAAACAGUGAGGAAAGACAGACACAGGGAGGAAAGACAGACACAGGGAGGAAAGACAGACAUGAGGAAGGAGGGCAGACACGAGGAGGAAAGACAGACAUGGGAAGAGAAGCUGGACAAUGGGAGGGAAGGCAGAAACAGUGAGGAAAGACAGACACAGGGAGGAAAGACAGACACAGGGAGGAAAGACAGACAUGAGGAAGGAGGGCAGACACGGGGAGGAAAGACAGACACAGUGAGGAAAGACAGACACAGGGAGGAAAAACAGACACAAGGAGGAAAGACAGACACAGGGAGGAAAGACAGACACAGGGAGGGAAGACAGACACAGGGAGGGAAGACAGACAUAAGGAAGGAGGGCAGACACAAGGAGGAAAGACAGACACAGGGAGGAAAGACAGACACAGGGAGAAAAGACAGACACAGGGAGGGAAGACAGACACAAGGAGGGAAGACAGACACAGGGAGGGAAGACAGACACAGGGAGGGAAGACAGACACAGGGAGGAAAGACAGACACAGGGAGGAAAGACAGACACAGUGAGGAAAGACAGACACAGGGAGGAAAGACAGACACGGGGAGGGAAGACAGACACAGGGAGGAAAGACAGACACAGGGAGGAAAGACAGACACAGGGAGGGAAGACAGACACAAGGAGGGAAGACAGACACAGGGAGGGAAGACAGACACAGGGAGGGAAGACAGACACAAGGAGGGAAGACAGACACAAGGAGGGAAGACAGACACAGGGAGGAAAGACAGACACAGGGAGGGAAGACAGACACAAGGAGGGAAGACAGACACAGGGAGGGAAGACAGACACAGGGAGGGAAGACAGACACACGGAGGGAAGACAAACAUGGAAGAGAAGAUGGACACGGGGAGGAAAUACAGAAACAGUGACGAAACACAGGGAGGAAAGACAGACACAAGGAAGGAAGACAGACACAGUGAGGGAAGCCAGGUACAGGGAGGGAAGACAGACACAAGUAUGGAAGACAGACACAGGGAUAAAUUUCUGAUUGAGUCAUGGGAAAACUAUGACAAGGAGCUUGUCAGGCGGAGUGCCUAA